CCCCGGGGGAGAAGGGGCGGGGCUCCUUUCCUUUGCGCCAUGAUGAACAAAUGACCUCGCGGGGAAUGAAAUUUAAGUUCCACCGGGGGGAGAGAGUUCUCUGCUUCGAGCCCGACCCCACUAAGGCCAAAGUGCUCUAUGAUGCCAAGAUUGUUGAUAUUAUUAUUGGAAAAGAUGAUAAGGGCCGAAAGAUUCCAGAAUAUCUGAUCCAUUUUAACGGGUGGAACAGAAGCUGGGAUAGAUGGGCAGCUGAAGAUCAUGUUCUUCGUGAUACAGACGAAAACCGCAGAUUACAGCGUAAAUUGGCUCGGAAGGCUGUGGCUCGCAUGAGAAGAAAGGGAAGAAAGAAGAGACGUUGCAGGUUGCCUGGCGUUGACUCUGUAUUAAAAAGCCUUCCUGCUGAAGAAAAUGACGAGAGUAGUGAAAACUCCAUAAGUAGUUCUUCAUCUGAUGACAGUGAUGAAGGAACAGAUGAAGAAAUAAAGAGUGAAGAAAGUGACGUAGAAGAGAGGACAGAAAUGAAAGAAGAACAACAAGACACUCACACAAAACGGGACAUGGAAGAAAGAGCAAUAAGCAUAGAAAUUCCUGAAGUCUUGAAAAAGAAGCUUGAGGAAGACUGUUACUACAUUAAUAGAAGAAAGCGGCUAGUGAAGCUACCUUGUCAGACAAAUAUAAUAACCAUCCUGGAGUCGUAUGUGAAACAUUUUGCUAUUAAUGCUGCUUUUUCUGCCAAUGAAAGGUCUCGGCACCAUCAGAUGACUCCCCAUGCCAAUAUGAAUCUCCACUAUGUGCCACCAGAGAAGAAUGUUGAGCUAUGUAAAGAGAUGGUGGAUGGGUUGAGAAUAACUUUUGACUUCACACUUCCUUUGAUUUUGCUCUAUCCUUAUGAACAAGCUCAAUUUAAGAAGGUGACUUCAUCAAAAUUCUUUCUUCCCAUCAAAGAAAACUCAACAAAUACUAACAGAAGUCAGGAGGAGCUUUCCCCAAGUCCUCCUCUGCUGAACCCACCAACUCCUCAGUCAACUGACAGCCAGCCCACAGCCGGGGAGCCAGCCACGCCAAAAAGACGAAAAGCUGAGCCCGAAGUCCUGCAGUCCCUGAGGCGCUCUACGCGCCACAGCUCCAACUGCGACCGGCUGUCCGAGAGCAGCGCCUCGCCGCAGCCUAAGAGGAGGCACAUUGACACCCCAGCUUCUAUGCCAAAGCUUUUCCUGCACCUGGAAAAAAAAACCCCUGUCCAUAGUGGAUCAUCUUCACCUAUAACUUUGACUCCUAGCAAAGAGGGUAGUGCGGUAUUCUCUGGUUUUGAAGGUAGAAGAAACAAUGAAUUGAAUGAGGUUUUGUCUUGGAAAUUGAUGCCAGAGAAUUAUCCACCAAGUGAUCAACCACCACCUCCAUCAUAUAUCUAUGGAUCUCAACAUUUAUUACGGAUGUUUGUGAAGCUACCAGAAAUACUGGGGAAGAUGUGCUUUCCUGACAAAAACCUGAAGGCUUUAGUAAAACACUUGGAAAUGUUUCUGAGGUUUUUAGCAGAAUAUCAUGAUGAUUUCUUCCCAGAAUCUGCUUACGUAGCUGCGUGUGAAGCCUACUACAGUACUAAAAAUCCUCGGGCAAUCUACUGAAGCUUAUUAAUAAAGUUUAAAUCUUACUUUUUGUGGCCCAUGACAAUGCUGUUUUGCCAUGUGACUAUCAUAUGAAGAUGAAAAAAGCAUUACAACAACUUCUGGAGUCAAAGAACUAGGGAAAUAUCUUCUGUGAUGGCUGGAUUACUUAUGACUGGAGAACUUUUUUUUAGAGCUGUAUAUAGACUUCCUGAUGAGUUGCUUAUAGGACUGAAUAUAACUCUCACUCCAAAUGAAUGAAGAGCCUUGUUCUGACUUCUAAUGCAUAGGACUGCAUAGGACUAUUAAAGAGGAAAGGAAGCAAAAGCAGAUGCAUUAGCAACAGUGCAGUUUCAUGAAGAUAGAUCAUUGUGCACCGUACUGUGUUUCAUUUUAACUCAACUCCUCUGGCCUGAGAAAUGAGACUUGGCUACACAGUUAUAUGAAAAGAAAGAGCUGUUUUUUAAUGGAUAUUUUUCCUCACAAAUUGCACUUCAUUUUACGGAACUGUCAUGAUAGAAAAGAUUGCUUAAUGUAAAGGUGGUUUUGCUGUUUGGCUAGCAUGACAUCUCCCUCAAGAAAGACUUCAUUGCUUGAAUGAAAGAUAAGUUGCUUACUUCACGUUUUGCAAAAGUGUAUAUAUCUCUCCUCAUCAGCCUCCUCCUGGUAAGGCUGCCAGGGAUCCAAGGAGAGCCAUACAUUGCCAGUGACUGAACAUUUACCUGGCCAUAAAUAAUUUGCAGAGCCAUUACAAAAGGACUGAUUUUCUACAAGUAAAAAAGAGAAGUCAAUAAAGUGGUGGCAGUUUAACUCGCAAGCACUUCUUUUCUUAAUAAAGCUCACAGUGGCUGCUGUGUAAAUGUGUGAUUUGAA